UUGUCGCUGAUCCAAGGGGCAAAAGCAAGGGUUUGUUUAAGAUAUUAGGUUAUUUCCGUUAACUAUGUGUCAUUUCAGAGAUGUUGUGCCCCUAAAACCCGACACUCGCACGCACACUCUCUCCUCUCACCAGCAAGAGCUUGAAGAAGAAGUGGUUGAAGUUCUGCCAAGAAAACAAGCUUUGCUCGCAGGCGCGGUCGCGGUUGCAGUCCAAUGUUGUCAUUGGCACGCAAAACCAGAAUAAUGACACGUGUCAUCUUCCUAACCCAAUUUGGGUUAGUUACCCAAUCACUCACUUCCAAUCCCAUUUCGAACGCUUCCACCUCUUUCUACAACCCUCUCUCCAAUGUCUCCGCCUUUCUUCAACCAGUGCUGAGCCCUGCAAUUCAUGCGUUUUGUUCGAACCCCAGCAGCGCAGCGGGAGUUGGGUCUGUAGGCGCAGUACCCAGCAUGCAGAAUCCGGAGGAUAUAUCCUACCUGACGCAGCGUGAAGCUGCUGAGAUCGAUGAGAUCCUCAUGGGUCCUCUCGGCUUCAGCGUCGACCAGUUAAUGGAAUUGGCUGGUUUGAGCGUGGCCACUUCCAUUGCAGAGGUCUAUAAACCAAGUGAGUAUAAUCGAGUCCUUGUGAUUUGUGGCCCUGGAAACAACGGUGGUGAUGGUCUCGUGGCUGCUCGUCACCUGUAUCACUUUGGUUAUAAGCUGUCUGUUUGUUAUCCAAAGCGUACUGCUAAGCCUCUUUAUGCUGGUCUUGUUACGCAACUGGAAUCACUGUCAGUCCCCUUCAUCUCAGUAGAAGAUCUGCCGUUGGACUUGUCAAAGGACUUUGACAUUAUUGUAGAUGCAAUGUUCGGUUUCUCAUUCCAUGGUUCCCCAAGGCCUCCCUUUGAUAACCUGAUCCAAAAGCUUGUUUGUGUAAAUAAAUAUGAUCAAACUCGCGAAAAGUCUUCUGUUAUUGUCUCCGUAGACAUUCCAUCUGGGUGGCAUGUUGAAGGAGGUGGUGGUGUCGAAGGCAUUAAGCCUGACAUGUUGGUUUCUCUGACUGCUCCAAAGUUGUGUGCAAAGAAAUUUUUUGGUCCACACCAUUUUCUGGGUGGUAGAUUUGUCCCACCAUCUAUUGCCGAUAAAUAUAAGCUUCGCCUUCCACCAUAUCCAGGCACUUCUAUGUGUGUCCGUAUUGGAAGGCCCCCACAAGUUGAUAUAUCAGCUCUAAGAGAGAACUAUAUUUCUCCUGAGUUUCUUGAGGAACAGGUGGAGGCUGACCCCUUUGAUCAGUUCCGCAAAUGGUUCGACGAUGUAGUGGCUGCUGGAUUGAGGGAACCAAAUGCUAUGGCAUUGUCAACGGCUACCAAGAAUGGAAAAAUCUCAUCACGAAUGGUAUUGCUCAAAGGAUUUGAUAAGAACGGUUUUGUCUGGUACACGAACUAUGAAAGUCGAAAGGCACAUGAAUUGUCUGAAAAUCCUCGUGCAUCUCUUCUUUUCUACUGGGAUGGCCUGAAUCGGCAGGUGAGAGUGGAAGGGUCUGUGCAGAAAGUUUCUGAUGAGGAAUCUGAUCAAUACUUCCAUAGCCGUCCUCGAGGCAGUCAGAUUGGAGCAAUAGUUAGCAAGCAGAGCACUGUUGUUCCCGGAAGGCAUGUUCUGUAUGACCAAUACAAAGAACUAGAAGAAAAAUUCUCUGAUGGAAGUUUAAUUCCAAAACCUAAAAACUGGGGAGGAUACAGACUUAAGCCAGAGCUGUUUGAGUUUUGGCAAGGCCAAAAAUCUCGUUUGCAUGACAGGCUGCGAUAUUCUCCUGAAGAGAUCAAUGGACAACAAGUGUGGAAAAUUGAGCGGUUGGCGCCAUGACAACUACUGUCAUCAUCUUCAUUGUGAAGUUCCAUCAUUCAGGGUAUUGUAUAUUACAUAAUUACUACCCCUGUUAGUUUAUUAUUGUUCUCCUUAUAUUAGAAACCAACAUGAACGCUUGAAUAUAUUAAACAUGAAACUUGGGUUGGAGAAUUGUUUGCCAACGGAGUAUAGCUUGUCAGUUGUCACUUGCAAUGCAAAAUCCAUAUGCAAUUGAAUAUUUUUGGAUUGUUA